AUGUCGUUGCAUGAGAAGAAAGCUGCGGCCGAUGCAGCUUUCAAGGCAGCAUCUCAGGAGUGCGCAGCAGAGGUGCAGAAGAUGAAAGUCCUGCGAGAGCGGCAGCAGGCAUUGCUGUCGCAAGUUUGCGUGGGGUCGGAGGCAAACCUACAAAAAAGCCGUGAUUUGCAUCUGCUUCAGCAGAUGAUCGAAUCUCAAGAACAUGCCAUAGAUUCUGCAACCGCCAAGAAAGCUGACAAAGAAGGGGCGGCGCGCGCAGCGGCGUUGGCCCUUCGCCCCAUAGCCGCGGAAGUUGCAGUGGGGCGGGCGCAGGAGCCUCCAGCGAAGAGGAUGCGUGGAAAUGUCACCAUUCCACUUCCCAGCUGGACCACUGGCAUGAUAUACAGCGGAUCAGCCAACUAUUGGUGUCCGCGGACUCAUGGCUGGGUGAAGGGAUAUCCUCAUGUGGCGGAUUCGUCGCACAUGCAGAGGUUCAUCCUGCACCUGGACAGUGGAAACACCGCAGAUACCUGCAUCUCGCGUCAAGCCUUCGAGUUCUUGGGCUUGGGGUCUGGUCAGCGGCUCCGGCAGACGUGUGUGUGCGGGGUGAAUAAUCAGCGGUCCACCUCCGACGUUUAUGAGAUCCAGUUUAGCAUCGACUUGGUGAAUCACGCCCUCAAAUUAACAAACCAUAUCAGGAAGCGCACCGUCGAGGCGGCCGUGAUCAACGUCCCGGGGAAGCCUGGGGAGGUCGGCUACUUUGACCUCUUACUUUCGGCCGCGGAUGUUCGGAAGUUCUUGAACAUGGAGCUUCCAAAUGGGGCAAAGCUUGUCCUUGAUGUGCUGGAUCAUGCACCGAGGACGCUCUACGACGGCGUGGAGCUAUGCACGCGUGAGCGCUUUAGUGCGCGCCCACCGCAACAUCCACCUUUCAGAACCCCCAGGCCUUCUCCAUCGCUUGAUUUUCAAUCGGAUCUAUCGCUACCGGGCUUUGAUGACGAUCUUUUCUCGGACUUGUUUCACUCUAGGCGAGCACAUCAUGCGAGCACUGCCUGCGUGCUUGCAGUGGGCUAG